AUGGCAGAAAAUGUUGUUAUUGACUCUGGAAGUGCUGCCGAAGGUCAAUACGAAGCCAAAUAUUGUUCACCAUUAAGUAAUCCUGAACUUGAUAAAAUGAUUUUUCGGGGUGAGGCACAUAAACCAGAACAGUUGUUACCAAAUUUACAAUCUCCAGCAUUUGUUCAGAUUGAACUUGAUCAAACGGAUUUAAAAAACAUUGAUCUGCCUAUCUUAUUAACUAGCACGAAUAAACUAUGUAUUGAUGGGAUGCAGUUGAAAAAGCAACUGUUAAACGAAUUAACGUUGAAAUUUUUACAUGUGGAUUUUGAAACAUCGAUUGAAAAAGCAAGUAUCCAGGGUAAAGUGAAUUAUGUUUGCAAACCUGAACAUAUUUUAAUAAACCUUGAAUUAUUUCGAAUUAGUUUUUCUCAGUCGCACUUGUUUAAUCAGCAAAGGGAUUAUAUACGUCAAUGGUUAAUAAAUGUACCAAACACAAUAGUAACACUCUUGGAAAAAAAACUGGAACAAAUACCAUCAUACAUCAAAAGUGAUCUUCUAAAAACUAUCAAAAAUGCAUUUCAAAUUGCAUUUCAACUAUUUGGUACAAGUUUUGGUCAAGCAUUUCAAGAACAAGUUUUAAAUGAUAAAAUAUUAGCUGUCCUUCAAUAUCAUGAAAAACACAAACAUCUUGUCAAUACGACAUCGGAAAAGUAUAACAGUUUGAAAAGACUCUUUACACGUCAAGUUGAACCUGAAAUAGAUUAUGUUCCUUAUUUAAAACUAACAUUCACACCAGAUAUUAUACAGCCAUUUCUAAAUCGUUUUAAGUCCAAUCGACCAAAUUUAUUUGACAAAAUUAAAUGUUUGCCCGUCUAUCUCAUACCAAAAUGGUCAAGAACAGUGAGUCUCGAAACAGAAGAAGCAAAAUUAGAUUUUCGUUAUUCGUUCUCGGCCUAUGAGACAGAGAUUGCUCAAAGACGCUCAAAAGUUGAACAAGUGUUGAAUAAUGUAGCACGCGGUUUAUACUAUAAAUAUUUAAAUAAGAACUUAAUUGUUGAUCAACAAUAUUUGCCAUCCUAUUUCAUAAAAACAUCUGUUCUAUGA